AUGGAUUGCUAUAGGUCUAGAAGCAGUUUUACGAGUACGGCAUUUACUCCAGGAGAUUGUCAGGAGUUCCUGUUUGAGAAUGGACGAAUAGACAACGUUUUUACAGAUGCAUACUUCGACGGAUUCACAACUGCACUGCACGAGGUUGUGAAAGAGUUUAAACUUCCAAUGAACGAGCUUGGAUACUUUGUUACCAGAAUAGAGGAAGAACAUCUGUGGGAAUCCAAGCAGCUCGGUGCACACUCACCUCACGUUCUUCUCAACACACUAGUCUACUUCAAUACUAAAUACUUCCAGCUGAAGGGUGUUGACGCGCACCUCAAGCUCUCCUUCUCCCACAUAAUGAAACACUGGAAGAAGACUGCUGUAUCUAAACCUGGACAAAAUCAGAGAACAGUUUUACUCAGAUACUAUCCUCCUCCAGCUAAGGUAAGGAAACAGGG